GUUGCUACAAAGAAGCAAACGUACACAAAUUUAAAAGAACAAUGUUUGCAUUAAUGGUGCCGUUCAUCGUGUACUUAUGUAAUGUUCCCGUGACAAGCGGUAAAACUGUAUCAGGACUUUUCAAAAGCGAUGCUGCAAGGGAAAACAAUGGACAGUACAUAACGAGAUUCCUGUUUCAUGGGAAGAAUGCCCUGAUGGUCUACAAACUGGAUGAUGUGUCCACAGCGAUGCAGAAAGAGGCCAAGCUACUGCUCUUCCAGACGCUAGAGGGUUCAGACAACCUAAGCUGUCUGGAGUACCUCUCUGCAGCUCAGCUUUCUGUUACUCUGAGUUCUGAGGAGCACAACCAGACCAUCCCUCACCAGCCCUUCCCGCGGAGGUGGCACGUGAUAUACGCCGACCGCUACACCUGCCAGGAGGGCGACAUCGACGGGGUUCCGAAAGACAUCCGAUUUCAGAUAACCCUGUUCAACCCUGACGCCGCUGGAAACCCACUGGACCACUUCAGCGCCGAAGAGGCAGGUCUGCACAGCUUCUAUUUCCUGCUGAUCCUGGCGUACUUUGUGGCCGCCUGUAUCUACGGCCAGCCGCUGUGGCAGGCACUGCACAAGGGCGGGCCCAUGCACACGGUGCUGAAGGUGCUGUCCUCCGCCCUCCUGCUGCAGGCUGGAUCAGCACUCUUCAACUACAUCCACCUUGCAAGAUACUCAAGGGAUGGAAUUGGCUGUCCUUUGAUGGGCAGUUUGGCAGAAUUCUGUGACAUGGUGUCCCAGAUCCAGAUGCUAUACAUGCUCCUGAGUCUAUGUAUGGGCUGGACCUUGAACAGAAGCCGGAAGUCCCAGGUCAAGCCGCUGCAGUGGGACACGUCACCUGCCUCCACUGCCCUCGCCCUGGGAGGGGUGGCCACCCAGGGGGCGCUGUUGGUCUGGGAGCAGUUUGAGGAUGCAGAACACCACAGUUACCAUGCCCACCGCAGCAUGGCAGGUGUCCUUCUCAUCACCCUGCGCAUCAUUCUGGCCCUGCUCCUCGCAUCGAUCCUCUACCAGAUCAUCACAACUGAGAGGAGCGCCCUCAAAAGAGACUUCUACAUGAGCUUUGCAAAGGGCUGUUUCUUGUGGUUCCUGUGCCAUCCUAUCCUUGUGCUCCUGUCGGUGGCUUUCAGUGAGCAUCAGAGAGAGAAGGUCAUCACCAUCGGUGUGAUCCUCUGCCAGUCCAUAUCUGUGGUCGUUCUGUACAGGCUUUUCCUGUCACGGAGUCUGUACUGGGAGGUGUCGUCAUUGUCCUCCGUGACACUACCACUAACAAUGUCCAGAGGGCCCAGAAAUCGCUAUUGACUUUAAGCCCCACAAGGGGGCAGGUUCACUGUGGCACCUGCACUUGGGGCAAAGUGAGACGUUGCCUAAAGAGUGGGAAGCUCCAGGCCAGGGUGCUGGAGAGGAGGGUGCAUGCCUGGGCCAAAAACAUGCACAACUAAGGAAUAUUUGCACAUGCACCUGACGAAAAAAAUGUGUUGGAACAUUUGCUGCUGGAAAUGAAAUGGAUGUCCAGUUGGACCUACCCUGGUAGAAGUGUUCCCUGCUCAAAUGUUGGAACAAGGUUACAGACUGCUGUACAGUUGCGAGGACUGACGCAUGUGAUUUAUACAGCACAUAAAAAGUGGAACUCCACGUAUGUGACUCCUGAAAUUAGUGUGUGCAGAAAAUGUUAGGUCAGAUUUAUGUGGAGCACAAAAGCUUGUUUUGGUUUUGUUAAAUCGAAUACAGGUCAAGGCCAAACAUAAAGUGGAAAUCCUUUAA